GCUUGUGAUGGCAAAACAUCAUCCAGAUUUGAUUUUUUGCCGAAAACAGCCCGGAAUUGCCAUUGGAAGACUCUGUGAGAAGUGCGAUGGUCGUUGUGUGAUUUGUGAUUCACAUGUUCGUCCAUGUACAUUGGUUCGUAUCUGUGAAGAGUGUAAUUAUGGAUCAUAUCAGGGUCGGUGUGUGAUUUGUGGUGGCGCUGGCGUCAGUGAUGCAUAUUAUUGCAAAGAAUGCACAAUUCUCGAAAAGGAUCGUGACGGAUGCCCGAAAAUUGUGAAUUUGGGAAGUGCGAAGACGGAUUUGUUCUACGAACGAAAGAAAUUCGGAUCGAAAAAGUCGUAGAAAUUGGCUUUUUGGCGGCGAAAAUGAGCGAAAAAUCACAAAAUUUCGCCGAAUUUUCACCUAUAUCACCUCUAAUUUAUCAAAAAUGUUCCAAUUUUCUGUUAAUUUCCACUUUUUUCCGCUGAAAAUUCCUAUUUUUCUUGAAAUCUGACUGAAAUUUGGCUAAAAAUGAGCUGGAAAUAUCGAAAUUUGGCUGAAAUCGUAAAAUUCCCUUUUUGUUCCCUGAAAAUUGAGCAAAAAUGUCAAAAUUUUGGCAUUUUUGACCAAAUUUUGCCUAUUUUUGUGAAAAUUUGCCUUUUUUUUUCGUUGUUUUUAUCGAAAUUUUGCUGAAAUCGCGAUUUUUUCCACUAUUUUUCCCUAAAACAUCCCUUUUUUACUGGAAAUUUGGGCAACAUUUUGGCAUUUUUGCCUAUUUUUGUGAAAAUGUUACCAUUUUAUUGAAAAAUUAGCUUAAAAUGACAAUAUUUUCCUAAAAAUUUCGAAUUUCCGUGAAAAAUAGCCAAAAUGUCACUUAUUUCAGUUAAAAAUAUGCCAUUUCCCUGAAAUUUGGCUGAAAAUUCGCCUAUUUUCACUUAAAAUUCCGCAAAAAGCCCUUUUUUUCACUCAAAAUGUUCAAUUUUUCCCUGAAAUUUGCCUGAAAAAUCGAUAUUUUCACUCAUUUUCACCUUAAAAAUUGUCUUUUUCCCCCAUUUUUUCCAAUUUUCCUCUACCCUUUUAUCAAUUUUCGAAUAAAUUAUCGAUUUUUCUG